UCUCUUUCUUCUUCUCUCUUUCGCUCACCAUCAUCAUCAUCAUCUCUCUUUUUCCUCUGUCUUCUAUUUUUUUCCUUCUCCAUCCUCAUUCUUAUUCUUAUUUUCCUCUGAGCAACUAUUCACUUUAGCUUGAGCUUCUUCUUUAGCUUUAGUUUUUUUCUUCCUUCUCUUCUCUCUUUUUUCUCUAUCUUUCUCUAUCUCUAUCUCUCUCUCUCUCUUUUUCAUCCUCAUCAUCUUCAACUACUCUGAAAGAUUCUGUCAUGCAAGUUAUCAUAUAAUUAUUAUUAUCAUUCAAAGUCUCUGUCUCUCUCUCUCUCUCUCUAUUCCUGUGUGUGUAUUAAAAACAAUAUAUAAGAACCAGGAUUUUGUUUGUUAUCUGUGUUUUUAUUUUGUAUUAUUAUCAUAUUUUUAUCAACAUCAAACACCUCCAGCUGACCAUCAUUUAAAUAUCAUCAUCACCACCAACCCCAUCAACACCAUAACCACCACAAGCAUCACCAUCAUCAUCAUCUCAUCAUCUUUGUGGUCAUCGUCAGUCCAACAACAAAUCAAAUUGUUCUUAAAAAAAAAAGUAAAUCAAAUUCAAAUCUCUUCCUCAUAGUGAAUCCAGAAUACGAAUAAAAGUUCAAGUGAAAAUCUUUGUUGUUUCCAUUUCCAUUCAUAUAUUUUUCUCUCUCUCUCAAUUCUUUGGGAUAUUAUCACCUUUUGAUUAUCAUCAUUUUAUCAUCAUUCUAUCAAUCAUCUUAUAUAUAUAUAUAAUAUUCUAAAGCCAAAUUCAAAGGAAAUUAUUUAAUUGUUGGGUUUUAAUUAAAAAAAUAAAACAACGAUAACAACGAAGAUGGAAACUGAAACCAAAAUGGAAACCGAAUCUACUAAAAACAUGGAAUCAGAAACUAAAAUGUUCAUCGGAGGCCUUAGUUGGCAAACUGCUCCAGAGAGCCUAAAAGAGUAUUUCAGCAAAUUUGGAAACAUAACCGAGGUCAUGGUGAUGAAAGAUCCAACAACUAGAAGAUCAAGAGGGUUUGGGUUUGUGACGUUUACAGAUUCCUCGAGUGUGGAUAAAGUUUUAGCGAAUGGACCUCACGAAUUGGAUGGUAAAAAGAUUGAUCCAAAAGUCGCGUUUCCAAAGAGAGCACAUCCGAAAAUGGUGACGCGGACGAAGAAAAUUUUCGUCGGAGGUCUUUCAGCACCAACAACACUCGAAGAUGUUAAGAACUAUUUUCUUCAGUUCGGUAGAAUCGAAGAUGCAAUGUUAAUGUUUGACAAACAAACGAAUCGCCAUCGAGGUUUUGGUUUUGUAACAUUCGAGUGUGAAGAUGUAGUUGAUAAAGUUUGUGAAAUUCACUUCCAUGAGAUUAAUAGUAAAAUGGUUGAAUGUAAAAAAGCUCAACCCAAAGAAGUAAUGAUGCCUAAUAGCGUAGCUCGAGGCCGUGGAGCGGGUCGAGGUGCCUAUGAUUUAGUAUGGCCCUUGGGUCCUAUCACUGAUGAUUCACUCAAGUCCUUGUCUCCUUCCACAUCAGUUCCCUUAUUUCCAGGAUUCCCUGGAGCCUAUGCUGGUUACGCAGGGCGUGGUGGUUAUCCAGGUUACCCUGGUUUCGGGUAUCCCUUUGCAGGCUUCAUUUCGGCCUGGUAUCCAGCUCCGGUCACAAGUCAACGUAGUUACGUUAAAUCAAUGGAAACCUCAACGGACUCAAUUCGACAGGAAUAGAGAAUAAGAGAGAAAGAAAGUGACAACAAUUAAUCCAAACAAUCAGUCAACAAUCAAGUGAUUAAAACGAAACAAACAAAAACUCACAAAUAUAAGACAAACACACAAUCAAAGGAUUUCCUUUAUUAUUUAUAUAUAUCAAGAUGAAAAACAAAAUAUUAAUAAUAAACAAGCAAACGAAUGGUGCAAAUAUCAUAUUAAUUAAUUAUAUACAAAAAAAAAUUGAUUAAUGACCAAAAGUUAACAAUUAACUUUACUUGAAAAAAAAACUCCCUGUCAAAAAAUCAACUGAUUGUAUUUUAUUUUUUUUCCUUGUUGUUGUAUGAUGAUGCUCAUGAUAAUAUAUAUUAAUGGUGACAAUUAACAUUGGGGUGUACAGUUGACAAGACUGACGACAAAUGCAGAUGAUUAUUAUAAUUGUUAAUUGUGAUGACAAGAUGAUUUAUCAUUCGUUAAAAUGGUUGCUCUCUCUCUCUCUCUCUCUCUCUUUGAUAAUCUAAA